AUGGGUAAGAAGCAGCCUUCACUCGAAGGCCACAAGUCGGGCCAGGGCAACGACCCUCUCUCCAAGCCCGCCCAUGCCCUCACCUUCCAGCAAGUCAUCGAGGAGUGCAAGUGUAAUCCUGAUGAUGGGUUGACCACAUCCGAGGCGAAGGCACGACUCGAAAAACACGGCAACAAUGAUCUUGGUGAAGAUGGUGGCGUGUCUGCACCAAAGAUUUUGCUGCGUCAAGUUGCAAAUGCCAUGACUCUGAUUCUCAUCGCUGCCAUGGCCGUCAGUUUUGCUAUUCAGUCUUGGAUUGAGGGUGGUGUAGUAACUGCCAUCAUCAUCCUGAAUGUCGUCAUUGGUUUUGUGCAGGAGUUCAAUGCUGAAAAGACAAUGGACUCUCUUCGAUCUCUCUCUUCGCCGACCGCAUCUGCUGUUCGAGAUGGAAAGACCGUAACUGUACCUACAAUAGAAGUAGUACCUGGUGAUUUGGUUGAAAUGAAGACAGGUGACACUGUUCCAGCUGACGUCAGAAUUAUUGAAGCAGUAAACUUCGAAACUGACGAAGCCCUCCUUACCGGUGAAUCGCUUCCUGUCUCAAAAGAUGGUGAUGCCGUCUUCGACGAGGAGACUGGCCCUGGCGACCGCCUCAACGUUGCAUACAGCUCCUCUACAGUCACAAAGGGCCGCGCGCGUGGUGUCGUCUUUGCUACUGGAAUGUACACUGAGAUUGGUUCCAUUGCCAUGUCUCUGCGCCAGAAGGGCUCCCGCGUUCGCGAGGUCAAGCGCAAGCCUGAUGGUAAGGCGAAGCCCCACCGAUAUGCUCAAGCUUGGACUUUGACCGUUGGUGAUGCUGUUGGUCACUUCCUCGGUGUUAAUGUUGGUACUCCUCUUCAGAAGAAACUCGCUCGUCUCGCUAUCCUCCUCUUUGGUGUCGCUGUCGUCUGCGCCAUCAUCGUAUUGGCUGCCAACAGCUUUUCCAACAACAAGGAAGUCAUCAUCUAUGCUGUGGCCACUGGUCUUAGUAUGAUUCCCGCUUCGCUUACUGUCGUCUUGACGAUCACAAUGGCCGCCGGUACUAAGCGCAUGGUGCAGCGACAUGUUAUUGUCCGCAACCUGAAGUCUCUAGAAGCUCUUGGCGGUGUCACCGACAUUUGUUCCGACAAGACUGGUACCCUGACUCAGGGUAAGAUGGUUGCGAAGAAGGCCUGGAUCCCUGCGAAGGGCACUUAUUCUGUUGGCACCUCCGACGAGCCUCACAAUCCCACACUUGGUUCUCUAUCGUUCAACCCUAAACACCCACGACACAUUGAUCCCGACAUCGACGAGAAAACGGAGACUUAUGAAGAGCUUUUGGCCGACAAUCCACACCUGGUUGAAUAUCUCAAGGUCGCCUCCCUGGCUAAUUUGGCCAAUGUUCAUCAGACUAGCGAAGGUGUAUGGAAUGCUCGUGGUGACCCAACUGAGAUUGCGAUCCAGGUCUUCGCUUCUCGCUUCAAGUGGAACCGUCUUGAAUACACUACCGGUGACAAACCUGCCUGGAAACAGCUUGCUGAGUUUCCCUUCGAUUCUGACGUCAAGAAAAUGUCUGUCAUCUUUGAAGAAACGGCCAGCUCCAAGAGAUACGUCAUGACCAAGGGUGCCGUCGAGCGAGUUAUCUACUCAUGCACACACGUCUUCAACGGCGAGGAGGAAGGUCCUGUCGAGCUCGAUGACGACUACCGCGAGGAAAUAUUGGCCAACAUGGAGUCCCUCGCUUCACUUGGUCUCCGUGUCCUCGCGCUUGCCAGCAAAGAUUACGACGGUCCUGCAAUCACCAAGGGCGAGGAAAUCGACAGGAAGGCUAUUGAGGAGAACCUGAUCUUCCGCGGUCUGGUAGGUCUUUACGACCCUCCGAGACCUGAGACUGCUGGAUCCGUUCGCCAGUGCCAGAAGGCUGGUAUUGAAGUCCAUAUGCUUACAGGUGAUCACCCCGGAACUGCUCGCGCUAUCGCUGCUGAAGUUGGUAUCCUACCAUCAAACAUGGCUACUCUCGCCAAGGAAGUCACAGACGCAAUGGUCAUGACCGCUACCCAAUUUGACAAGCUCACCGACGAACAAGUGGAUGCGCUUCCGUUACUUCCAUUGGUCAUUGCUCGUUGCGCGCCUAACACCAAGGUCCGCAUGAUCGACGCUCUGCACCGACGCAAGGCUUUUGCCGCCAUGACUGGUGAUGGUGUCAACGACUCUCCGUCUCUCAAGCGCUCCGAUGUUGGGAUUGGUAUGGGUACUGGAUCUGAUGUCGCCAAAGAUGCUUCUGAUAUCGUAUUGACUGAUGACAACUUCGCCUCCAUUCUCAACGCCAUUGAAGAGGGUCGCCGCAUGUUCGACAACAUCCAGAAGUUCAUUCUUCACUUGCUCGCUCAGAACAUCGCCCAAGCUUGUGUCUUGCUCAUUGGUCUUGCGUUCAAGGAUGAGAGUGGCUUCUCCGUGUUCCCUGUCUCACCUGUCGAAGUCAUGUGGAUUAUUAUGGUCACCUCCAGUCUACCUGACAUGGGUCUCGGUUUCGAGAUCGCAGCUCCAGAUAUCUUGUCCCGACCUCCCCAAAAUCUCAAACGUGGUGUCUUUACUAUCGAAGUUAUGGUCGAUAUGCUUGUCUACGGUCUCUGGAUCGCUGCCCUUUGUCUGGGAGCCUUCUCCCUCGUCAUGUUUGGAUUUGGCGACGGCAACCUCGGGAUAAGUUGCAACGAAUCUUUCAACCCAACGUGUGAGACUGUUUUCCGCGCCCGUGCCACAACUUUUGCUUGCCUCACUUGGUUCUCGCUCUUCCUUGCGUGGCAGAUGUUGGACAUGCGCCGCUCAUUCUUCGCGAUGCAGCCACACUCCAAGAAGUACCUCACCCAGUGGGCCAUCGAUGUGUGGCGCAACAAGUUUUUGUUCUUCUCGAUCAUGUUCGGAUUCAUCACGAUUUUCCCCGUUCUGUACAUUCCCGUCAUUAACGACAGAGUGUUCAGGCACAAAGGUAUCAGUUGGGAGUGGGGCAUCGUCUUCGUCGCUACCUUCCUCUUCUUCCUCGGUAUCGAGACCUGGAAGUGGGGCAAGCGUGUCUUCUUCAGGAGGCGUGAGGCCAAAACCGGCGGUCGACGAGGCUCGAUUGACCUGGAACAGAAGGUGUUUGAGCGAUACCUUAGCACAGCUAUCAGCACUGAUGGCGACAGUGAUGAGAAGAGAUGA